AUGGGUACUGCAGGCAAUAUCAUUGUGGAAAACACAAAAAAGGUGCUUGAGUUUAUUGAGCGCCAUCCUAAGGGGAUUGACAAAACUGAUGUCGUUAAAGUUUCUGGCUUAUCCCCUCAAGAAUCCGUGGCUGCCGUAAAUUUACUUUUAACACAGAGGAAACUCGAGCUCUUGGAAAAUGGUGUUAUUAGAUUAAAGGACUCGAGAGAUGAACAAUUACAAGAAUCCGAAAAAUUAGUUUAUCACCUUAUAUCUGAAGCUAGCACUUCCGGUAUAUGGGCUCGAGAUUUAAAAGAUAAAUGCGGAUUAUUAAGGCCUCAGUUAACUAAAGUCAUAAAAAGUUUAGAAUCUAAGCAGAAGAUUAAAUCUGUAAAAGGCGUUACUGCUCAGCACAGUAAAAAGAUUUUUUAUUUCAGAGCUGAUGUUACUCCCGAUCGCAGUAUAACGGGAGGUGCUUUUCAUAAUGAAAGCGAGUUAGACAUCAGCUUCACCACCGCACUUAAUAAACUUUGCACAAAAUACUUUUUCACUCUUAGUGAAAAGGUAAAGGACGAACCGUUGCCUUCGCGGCUGCUAAAGAGCUACGCAAGUGUUCAAGAUUUAUUUGACUUUAUAGAAAAGUCUGGAAUAAGCAACAUUUCUCUUUUAGUUGAGGAUGUCGAGUGCAUAAUUUCCAGUCUUGUUUUUGAUGAUGCCAUUAAGGAAAGUGUUGUUGGGAAACCUUUCACCCCUAUUCGAGAUAUCGGGAAUCGCCCUUUACAAUUGGGAGCUAAAGUUUAUCGUUGGAACCAAUCUACAAAGCUAAGCAACGGGUUUUUAAGCACUGUCUGCGGCUUUUGCCCAGUUUUUCGGAAAUGCCGUGAAAACUUCAUUAUCUCGCCUUCGACCUGUCAAUAUAUGGCCGAGUGGUUGGAAAAUUAGAGCACGCUAAAAUCAUAAAGUUUCUCGCAAAAAAAGCAAUUUUAAUAAACUUGAAAGAAA